AUGGGAUUCAGAAUAGUGAUAGCCGGAAAAUCACAAUGCGAUGUAUUCGCGCAAAUUUGUUUAGUUGCUAAUCACUUGAAAGAAAAUCUUUCUAAUUUUUGUUACGACACAAUCCAAAAGUCCGUUCUUGAAUGGGAGACCUGGCUGUGCAAAAUAAAUCAUAAGAAUAAAUGGCACCACUUGAAAUCUCCAUUAAUUUGGAAAGAAUUGUUAAUGAAAGGAAGCAAACCGUACUACAUAGGAGGAGCAUCGGAGUUUUUGGAUUAUUGUCAUUCUUAUUACCAAUUUGACUCUUUUUUAUUAUCAGAAAAGUUUAAAGGGUUGACAGAAAACUUUUCACAGUAUCAAAACAAAAUAAAAAAUGAAAAGGAAACGAAUAUAGAUGUAAAGGAUCUAAAAACUUUAUUUGAAAAGCCAUCAAAGAACAACUUUACUAUUUGUAUAUCAGGAACUGGAUCACCAAUAGCUAUGCACAUAUUAUCUGGGCUAUUAGAAAUGUCGGUUGGGGAAAAAAACGUUUCAAAAAUAUAUAUUUAUGACGACGAAUGUUCUGAAACAUUUAUGGAAUUUAUUGAAAGAGAAUGCAGUUAUAUUAGAUCUAAUAAUUCUGGAAAAGUUGUUAAAGUUGUGAACAAAAUAGGAACAGCUCUAACACAUACGGAUUUACUAAUUAUUUUGAACCACAUUCCAUUUAAUAUUGAAAGUAGUAUAGGAGAUUGGCUACAAGCGAAUAAAAAGAUGAUGACAAACUUGGCAAUGUUUAUCAAUGCAUCAGCUUAUCGUAAAAUGAACAUACUUUUUCCAAAUUUGGGACCAGCUUGUUUUAAUGCUACGGUACUAAUGAAUUUAGUUACAAAUAUUCCUAAACGUAAUAUAGUAGUUGCUACUUCGGACCUUGGAUUAGACAUUGCUGCUAUAGCUGCAGAAAUUGCUGAAAUUCCCAUGAGAAAUAUGUUUUGCCCACCAGUAUGGGGAUUUGUUGGAAUAAACCAUUUAGUAGAUAUAAGAACUACAUUUCAUAAAUAUAAUUCAUUCGAGCCAUACAAUCGUUAUACUAAAGUGAACAACUCUUCUUUAACAAUUGGGAGUCUUACUCCAGUAAUGAGGACAAUGGAAUAUUUGAUGUAUUUUGAUGAAACAUUGUGGUCAAAAGUAGCUGAGAAAAAGAGCAAAAUGCCGAUUGGGCAUACAUGUUUCAAUAAAGCGACCGCUGCACUAAAUGUUGUUAAUUUGUGGCUGUUGGACAACAGCCCAACCAAUAUCGUUAAUCUUGGAAUUCUUUGUGAUGGUUCUUUCGGACUUACUUUUCAAGGGGCAUUUUCCCAACCAGCACAACUCGUUGAUGAUGUUUGGAUGCCCGCGAAUGAAUUUUUGAUGCCAAGAGACGCACAGAUGAAGUUGCCAUACAUGGAAAAAAUAGCAAAUUUAUGUUUGAAUAUGAAUAAGGGAGAUUUUCCAAAGAUUGUUAAAUAUCAUCCUUGCUAUUGCAAACCAAAAUACUAUAAAACGAAUAAGGAAUGGUAA